AAAAUAUAAAAUAAAAUGCUUUUUAUUCUUGAUACAAUGGAUAAUCCUGAUGAGACUCCUAUCAGUGCCUCAACAUUCUUUGGUUUUAUGGGAGUAUCAAUGGCAUUAGUUUUGGCAAGUAUUGAUAUAUAAUGAAUAAAUUAUUAUAGACUUGGGAGCAGGAUAUGGAACAUUUAAAGCAGGUGCUGGUAUAGCUGCUAUAGGUAUCUGGAAACCAGAAAUUAUAAUGAAAUCAUUAAUUCCUGUUGUUAUGGCAGGUAUUUUGGGUAUCUAUGGUAUGAUCGUAGCUGUAUUAUUAUCACAGAAAGGUAAUAAAAAUUGAAUAAUUAAAUAUAGUUGGAAAUCCUUCAGGUUAUACAUAUAAAAAUGGUUUUGCUCAUAUGGCAUCAGGAUUAUGUUGUGGAUGUAGUUGUAUUGCAGCUGGAUUUGCAAUAGGAAUUGUUGGAGAUGUUGGCGUCAGAGGAAAUGCAUAAUAGGAGAGGUUAUUUGUUGGAUUGAUUUUAAUUCUAAUCUUUGCAGAAGCAUUAGCCUUGUAUGGUUUAAUUGUGUCAUUGAUCUUAUCACAAUCAUGAGUAUCAAUUAUAUAAUUAUUAAUAAUCAAAAAAUUAUCAGCUC